GCGGGAGGCGGCGGCGCUCGGCGAUGCGGAGGAGGUGCGGCGGCUCGUGGAGCUGGGGGUCGGCCUCAACUCCCAGAAUGAAGUCAACGGAUGGACCUGUUUGCACUGGGCCUGUAAGCGGAACCACGCGGCGGUUGUGGCUUAUCUGCUGCAUGCUGGGGCUGACAAGGACAUCCUGACGAAGAAAGGGGAGAGGCCAGCCCAGUUAACAUCCAAGAGAGAGAUCAGGAAGAUGUUGGGAGUGGAAGAUGAACUUCCAGACUUGAAGCAAGAUUCAGAUCUGCCAAUCGUCCCCAAUUACCUGGCUAACCCACCUUUCCCAUAUGUUUACACCUCAAGUACCAGCAUUCCAGAUCUUGCCCUGAAUGGGAAUCUCUCACACCUGGAAGCACAAGACACCAUCUCUCCAUCUGUACCUGACUCUGACACCUACAGACGAGCACAAGGACCAUUGCAGCCUGGGAACAAUGCUCCUGAGGUGCCUCCUAAUGGGGACAUCCCACCCCUGCCUCGAGGGUCUGCUGGGCCAUCACACCCAAAUCCUCUCCUCCAGAGAGCUCCUGUUUACCAGGGCUCAGUGUCCUGGGGGAGAAGCCCCUCUUCACCAGCAGGAUCCAACCAAUUCCUACCCCAGCAAGGGAACAGCUCCUGCAUGGGGCCUGUGCCAGCCUUUCAGCCUGUUUUCUUCACAGGAGCUUUUCCACCCAACGUGCAAGAACUGGUGCUUAAAGUGAGAAUAAAAACCCCUAAUCUUAGAGAAAAUGACUUCAUUGAAAUUGAACUGGACAGACAAGAACUGACCUACAAGGAGCUGCUCCGAGUGAGUUGCCAUGAGCUGGGUGUGAACCCUGAGCACGUCCAGAAGAUCAGAAAAUUACCAAAUACAAUGUUAAGAAAGGACAAGGAUGUUGCAAGGCUACAGGAUUUCCAAGAACUGGAGCUUGUUCUAACAGUAAGCGACAAAAACUUACUUUUCAGAGUCCCAACACUUUCUGAACAGAGUGGGUAUAACAAGAAGGCAUCAGAACUUAUGUACUAAUUAAGGAAUAAACCAAAAUAUUUUUAUCUUUCGUUUUACAAUUGGGUUUGAAAAACAUUAUCUAAAAGGGCUAAUGACAUGAAAAAAUCUAUUUUGUUAACCAUGAAAUAAACUGAAGUGGUUAUGCACAUUUACAGCUUCUAGUUAAUCUAUGAACAGUGAGUGUGGUAUAAAAGUAGCCCAAUGCACAGGAAGUAUUGGUAGAACCAUCUGUUAAUUCAACACUUCCUUACAAAAAGGUAAUGAAAUACUGCAGAGUUAGCAGCUCUCAGGGAAAGGCUUACUUUAAGCUGUUCUAAUAAUUUGUUUGCUAUAAAAUAGCAGAGGUAGUUGAGCUAAAGAACCUGCCAUGAAGCCCAUUUAAUAUUUGUACUGAGUCCAUUACCAUCAAUGUUCUCUUUUUAGAUCAUGCUUAUUACUUAGAGGGGAAAAAAAUCCCGGAAGGGUUUAAAUCUAUAGAAGCACAAAACUAUGUCAAGUUUAAAUUCUAUCAAGUGACUUAUUACCUGUGAUUUCUUAAUCCCUGUUUACACUUUUCCCUGUUUCUCAGGUUGAAACUAAAAGUGUCAGUAAUUAUUCAAAUAAUAAAUAUAUACUCUCAACCAAAAUCCCUUUUAGUGUUGUCUGUGAGUAUAUACAUGAACAAUUGACAUGUGCAAUUUAAUAUACUAUUUUUGUUACUGUGUUGACAUUUCUUCAAUGCUGCUUUAAUUUCCCCUUUUAAAAGCACAAAAAGUGUAAUUUUAUUUUCCCUUGACCUACAUAACUGAGAAAAACUGCAUCUUGAACCUAUAGUUACCUGUGUAAAAAGAAACUAGUGAAAUACCCAGGGUUUUCUGGGGUGAUAGCCAAUCUUGAUGUUCCUAUGCAAUGUAUUUUCUUUUUUUCACUGUAACUUGUGUUUACCCAUGUAGUUUACUGAAAAGAAAAUCACAGUUACUUAAAAGUCAGAAUUUGAUUACUUUGCUGUGAAAUUCUCAAAUAAAGAAAUUGAAAAGUA